AUGCAACAUGGUAGUAGAGUGAUUGACAAAACUGACCUCACCGGUCGCGGCCUUCCAACUUUCUCUCCAAGUCACUCCCGUCCAAUCCACGGUUCGCAUCGUAACUUUGGAAAGAACAACCUUGACCACCACUUGCACCGCACCUUCCUUGAACUUCUAUCUACACACCUCCUCGACUCGACAUUCCGCAACAUCCAAGCUUCUCACCUAUUCUCGAACCUUGCAACCUGCGAAUACCUUCCCACACCCAUUCUACCUAACCCCGCAAAGCCGUUUCAGCUUCGACUCUCGACGACAACAGCUUGGGCCAAGAAGAUACUCUUUGUCAAGAAUUCGUACUCAGCGUCUUCAGUUUCUUCUUCACCAUCAUCUUCGGCACAAAACCCAGCUUGUGUCCCCUACCGCGCGCUUGUUCAGUGGAGACCUCUUUGGACCCCUCGACGUCUUCGUCAUUCCGAUUCUGCCACUCGACGCAAACGCAAUAUCAUUGGGACAUCCAGUCAACCCGCCCAGAACAUACCACAGACAGCUGAGCGCUUGGUUAACACGGAUUCAACUCUCCGUCCCGCUGCGCUGCGCUGUCUUGCCCAGACUCCCCGCCUAUCCUACCGCCUACCCAAGACAGGAUUAUUCCUCAAGAGGGUUCCACCGCUGACGCUCUGGCUCUCAACCGAGCGGAAUACCGGCACACAUCGCACCAAUGGCCUUCGUCGCCCAAGCACACCAAUCUCCAUUCCUCGCCUGUUCUUUUCUUUCCAUUUUCUCAACCCACUCAGUCCCCUCUUCCGUUUGCUCGGAACCCUUGUCGUCCACUCGUCAUUCCACGAUGCUCAAGAGAGGAAACUGUCCUCCGCCGCCGGGAUUCCCGUGCUCUCUCUCGCAGAACGGAGGCUCCUCCACCUUCAGGCCACUCUACAUUUCUCUUCACUUGCACCACUUCCUGCGAAUGUUCCAUGUGCGCAUGGUGUGCCCGAGUCUCUCAUGCAGGUCAUCCCAGGCUGCUGCUGGCUGGCUAUAAGCUGCUGGCUACUGCAAGUUGCUGCUCAAGUGUUUCUGCAGACCAAGCAAAACAACCAGCCAAAAGUAUCCGUCCAAACUUCACCGCUGGUAUGUGUGUCUCUGAGCGAGUUUAGUGCUCCGGCUUCUGCGUUUCUUUCUAUGUCUAAGGCUGCAUGUCCUCGAACAUUUGUUAGCUCUUCCCCGCCUCUCGUGCCGUACUACCCUGCCACCCCUAGUCACUGGCUGGCAUUGCUGUGCUUUGCUGCGGCCCAGUCAUCUCAUCGCUGCUGCUGCGCUCGACUGUGCCUUUGCAAGCGGAAGGCCGAGCCCGAGCAAACGAACAGCGCAGCACCCAGCGAUGGAGCGAGAGCGAACAAGAAACACCAGGGCACGCAAGUCAGACCUCGUAGGGAUCCCCUCCAAGUCUCCUACACCGGGGCCAUUCGUUACCCGCCGUGCACAGGAAAUCCAAGAGGCGGAAAGACGGUUACGUGUUUCCAGAUGCGGCAAAACAAGAAGAGCCAAAAAAGCAUAGGCCAAGAACGCCCAGAGGCGGAUUACCGGUGCGGAGUCUCGCAUUCUCAUUUGCUCAUAACUGCUACUGCUGCUGCUGCUCUCGUCUCGUUCCUGACCUUGCCGUUCCGGUCUCAUUAA